CGCGCCGGCCUACAGCUCCCGGCUCCCGGGGCUGAGGUGGAGCCGGUGGACGCCGGCCGGGCUGUGGCGCAGCAGUGUCCUUUCUGCGCGCGCGCCUGAAGUCGGCGUGAGCGUUUGAGGAAGCUGGCUCACCAUGGCCUACCUGUAGUUAACAGGGUAGGUGAAAGCAGAACCUCUCUGUGGGGGAAGUGAGUGUCGUCUGCUGACGAAGGCUGCACGCCUUGCAGGAGAGCAGGAACUGCAUCAGCAUAUGCUCAGGAUCAAGCCAAGCCCCAGAUACAGCAUUUAAUGAAACAUUUAUGCUUAAGAAGUAAAAAUGGCAGGCUUCCUAGACAAUUUUCGUUGGCCAGAAUGUGAGUGUAUUGACUGGAGCGAGAGAAGAAAUGCUGUGGCAUCUGUUGUCGCAGGUAUAUUGUUUUUUACAGGCUGGUGGAUAAUGAUUGAUGCAGCUGUGGUGUAUCCUAAGCCAGAACAGUUGAACCAUGCCUUUCACACAUGUGGUGUAUUUUCCACAUUGGCUUUCUUCAUGAUAAAUGCUGUAUCCAAUGCUCAGGUGAGAGGUGAUAGCUAUGAAAGCGGCUGUUUAGGAAGAACAGGUGCUCGAGUUUGGCUUUUCAUUGGUUUCAUGUUGAUGUUUGGGUCACUUAUUGCUUCCAUGUGGAUUCUUUUUGGUGCAUAUGUUACCCAAAAUACUGAUGUUUAUCCGGGUCUAGCUGUGUUUUUUCAAAAUGCACUUAUAUUUUUUAGCACUCUGAUCUACAAAUUUGGAAGAACUGAAGAGCUAUGGACCUGAGAUCACUUCUUAAGUCACAUUUUCCUUUUGUUAUAUUCUGUUUGUAGAUAAGUUUUUUAUCUCUCAGUACACAUUGCCAAAUGGAGUAGAUUGUACACUAAAUGUUUUGUUUCUUUACAUUUUUAUGUUCCGAGUUUUGAAAUAGUUUUAUGAAACGUCUUUAUUUUUCAUUGCGUAGACUGUUAAUACUAAUAUGUAUAUAAUACAAGACUAUAUGAAUUGGAUAAUGAGUAUCAGUUUUUUAUUCCUGAGAUUUAGAACUUGAUCUGUUCCCUGAGCCAGGGUUAUAUCAUCAUGUCAUUUUAGAAGUAACCACUCUCUCUGGCUGGGCACGGUGGCUCAUGCCUGUAAUCCCAGAACAUUGGGAGGCCGAGGCAGGCGGAUUGCUUGAGGUCAGGAGUUUGAGACCAGCCUGGCCAACGUGGCGAAACUCCAUCUACUAAAAAUACAAAAAUUAGCCAGGUGUGGUGGUGUGUGCCUGUAAUCCCAGCUACCCAGGAGGCUGAGGCAGGAGAAUCGCUUGAACCCAGGGGACGGAGGUUGCAGUGAGCUGAGUUUGUGCCACUGCACUCUAGCCUGGGGCACAAAGUGAAACUCCGUCUCAAAAAAAAAAAAACAAAAAACCACUCUCUCUCAGUAUCUCUGAUUUCUGAAGAUGUACUAAAAAUACAGCUUUGGCCGGGCGCGGUGGCUCACGCCUGUAAUCCCAGCACUUUGGGAGGCCGAGGCAGGCGGAUCACCAGGUCAGGAGAUCAAGACCAUCCUGACUAACACAGUGAAACCCCGUCUCUACUAAAAAUACAAAAAAUUAGCUGGGCAUAGUGGCGAGCACCUGUAGUCCCAGCUACUCGGGAGGCUGAGGCAGUAGAAUGGCAUGAACCCAGGAGGCGGAGUUUGCAGUGAGCUGAGAUCGCACCACUGCACUCCAGCCUGGGCCACAGAGCGAGACUCUGUCUCAAAUAAAAAUAAAAAUAAAAAUAAAAUAUAUAUAUAUAUAGCUUCAUAUAUCUGGAAUGAGCACUGAGCCAUAAAAGGUUUUCAGCAAGUUGUAAUUUAUUUUGGCCUAAAAAUGAGUUUUUUUUGUAAAGGAAAAAUGUUUGUUCUUAUGUAUUGAAGAAGUGUACUUUUAUAUAAUGAUUUUUUAAAUGCCCAAAGGACUAGUUUGAAAGCUUCUUUUAAAAAGAACUCCUCUAAUAUGACUUUAUGUGAGGAGGGAUAAUACCUGGUCAAAUCAACUCAGUUUUUUAUGGUUACUGUAAAAAGACUGUGUAAGGCAGCUCAGCACCAUGCUUCUCGUAAAAGCAGCUUAAAUUAUCCACUGGGAUUAUCUUUUGGCAGCCUGCCGUUUUCUUAUGUUACACAAUUCAAUAGCAAGUAAGUUUGAGACAAUCGCAGUUUAAAAGCAUGAACCAUUUAACAAAAAGUGGAAUAAUUAAAGAUAAAGCACUUCUUCCCAAAGGGAAUUAUCACCUAGUGAAAAAUUAGGCGUUUCAUCCACUGCAAGUCUCUCUUCACUCUAGCUCUCAAGCUUUGGGUGAAUGUUCCUGCAAAAUAUAUCUUCAACUUGAAAGUUCAUAUAAAAAAACUCCUUUUACUGAGUUUGCAGUACUGUAUUUGCACUGUUUGUAUUCCUCUGGGCCCUUAUUGCUACUUUUGAUUUCCUUUGUUACACAGAUUUUGUGUUGCACUUUUUCUCCAGAGGGGUGUUGUAGAGCCUUGGUUGUAUGAAUAAUAGCAGUGGUAGUGUCCACAGCUCAAAUCCAAGCCCGUUUGGCAUCACUCCUCUCCUCUCUCUGAGAGGCUUUCUUGUGCACAGAGUAUGAAGCAGUUGUGGAGCACUGUGCCUUUGUCAAGAUACCAUCUUGUUUGAUGACGUCUUUCUUUGCUGUUUUUUCUUCAAAAUGUUAGUAAGCUCUGUCAUGCUUCUAGCAAAUUGUAAGACGAAUUACUUAUUUCCACCUCAUAACCUGUUGCAAUAAAUAUUACUUCUCAUACAGUUUAA